AGUACAUGGGAAUGAAUCUGAGCAGCGGACUGAAGAUUUGUAUUGCGACUAUUCUGAUUUUGAUCGUCGGACAAUGCUCUGUUCAAGGAGAAAACAAAUGGAACAUUGUCAAGGGGACAAAAACACUCAGUCGAACAAGACUCGCAGACAUCAACGAUCCAUUCCAGGUGUGUGGAGAUAGGCUCAAGCCUUUCCAAUUAAAAGCCAGGCUCGUCACUCAUCCUCUUGGGAGUUACAACAUGGGGGUGCGUAUAGAAAUUCAUACAAAAGGGAACUACUGGCUACACGGCAUUGUGAAUGAACUCAUGUUCCGCGAUUUCAACUUCGUAGCAGCCUACGAGGUUCAAAAUGUCGUCUUAAGCCGCCGAGAGAAAGAUAACGCGCGUGAAACAGUAGAAAAAAAUAUAUGCGACUAUUUCGGAUUGGAAGAAAGCAAGUUGUACAAUCUACCUUUAUUCUACAUCAAGUUCCAUUAUUCAAGGGAAUGGUGGUGUGACACGUAUUCUGGCUAUGAUCUGAAUUACAUGGAAUUGGACAAGUGUGAUGAGUUGAAAAAGGAUUACGAGGCGGGAAGUAAAUAUACAGACGAGGAUUCUGUUGUAUCACUCUACGACCCAACAAACAGUUCUCCCCCACAUAUGGGUACUCUGCUGUCUCUAAGUACAUCUCACUAG